AGGUGAAAAAAAGGAAGAAAAAAAAGAAAGUUCUUGCAAUGGCAGGUCUUCGUAGAUCAUUUAGAUUGUCCUCUGAAAAAUGGUCCGGCGAAAAAAAGAAAUCAACUAUAACAAUUGUUAUACCUAGAAGUUCGGCUGGUUUUGGAUUUACUGUCGUUUGGACAAAGCCGCCACAAGUAGAUUUUAUUCAUGAAGAUAGCAUUGCUGUAAAGGCUGGCUUGUUACCAGGGGAUAAAUUGAUUUCUAUUAAUAAAGUGCCAUUAGCAAAAAAGACUAGAGAAGAAGUUGAAAAUUUAGUGAAAAAUGUAAACGAUAUGAUGGAAGUGGAAGUAUCUCGAUCUGAAGGAGAAUUAGCAGCAAGGAAAAGGCAAACAAGUUUAAGGAGAAAAGAAUCGUUUACAAAAAAAGCUCCAAAAAUGGUUAUUCAAGAUUGCAAUAUUAUGCUUUGGCGGCGAGAACGAGCCUUAUUGAAAGUAUUGUUAUGUGAAGAAGAUUUUUUAAACACAAUCAUCUUAGGAAAUGAACGGUUUAUAUUUCCUUUAAGAGAAAAAACUACUCUUGCUACAAAAGCAGAAUUGACUAUUUUAUUUGGAAAUAUUGAAGAGGUCGAAGUGGUCUACGAGAAACAUGUUCAACUAUUCCGACAGCUGACACAAAGCAAUGAAGAUAACGUCGGCAGAUUGUACCAGAAGCAGAUGAAUGAAAGAUUUUCUGUAUUGAGGAAAUAUAUAUCUGGUUUGCCACUCGGAAAAAUCAUGUUAAAGUACAAAUGCUUCAACAAUCGCUUCAAAGAUUUUAUAGAAGAUGCAAAGAAUUCUGCUGAACGAAUUGAAAUAUUGCAAUUUUUAGAGAAACCUUUGAAGUAUAUUUCAGAUUUGAUUGCAACGCUUGCUGUUCUUCUAUCUUGUACAGCAGUGGGGCACAGAGAUUACGUGUGCUUGGAAAACGUAAUUUCAG